CGCCCUCCUAAUUUCAUUUCAUAAAUAAUGCUACAAAACCCUCGAAGAAAAAAGCCCGAAGCAGAAGCAGAAGCAGAUAGAAAGAAAUGGUGGAAGACACAACACUAUACCAACAAUUGCACAAGCUAAGUGGGAUAAAAUCAGAAGAAGCACUUCAUCACUUACUUUCCACUCUUUGGAACAGCAGACGAACCGGUCUCCGCCCUUCCGAAAAGUCCCACCUUCACUCUCUCCUCAAUCUUCCUUCUCUCCCCGAACUCGAUCCAUUGUUGGCGUGUCUUCGUUCACUUAUCAGAAAAUGUGCACAUGACAACGUAACUGGCGACGAACUUCUGAAGCUGUUCCCACCGGACCUUCCUAUUGAUCUCCAAACCACUCUUGUCUUGUCUUUCCAGAAGUUUCACAAUCAGUGGAAACAGGAUUUAUCCACUCAGCAGGAUCCGUUGCCAAGGAAUAAUAGUGUUUCCUAUCAAGUGAGAACAAGUGUUCCUCCUUCUUUCGCUUGCUUGCCAUCUUCGGAGAUUUCUACUACUUCUACUGUUACUUCACUAUGGCCUCGGCAAGAUGAUCCCGUUGCUCGACUCAAUCGGGAUGAUCUUGGGGCUUUGGCACCACUUGUUGUUGACACGAAUGCCUCUGCCACUCUUCUGGACAACCUGGGAACUCUACCCCGCCUUAAGUCAAUGACUUGGACGAUGCAGAAUUGCAGCUCAGCACCAGCUAAUAGAAUAGCUGUCAUCAGCCUUAAGUUGCAAGACUUCAGCAAGUCUCCUUUAGGUGAAAUGGAGGUGAAGUUUCAGCUAACUAGAGACACACUUGAAGCUAUGUUGAGAUCAAUGACCUACAUUAGUGAACAACUCUCAAACAUGGUAACAAGGUGCAACUCUCAAUCAUGAAAUGCAUGAAUAAGCUAGGGGUGGGUUCCACACAUGAAGCCCAUCAACCCCGUAGGAUUCCUAAUAAGAGAACAAGGAAGCAUCUCCUUAUUCUCAGUCCUCUCAGCAAUUGAACACAAACCAAGGAACAUUUCCUUUAAGUUUGUUCCCCACGCCAGACAUCAUGCCAAAUUGGAUCCUCCUUGCAUCUCCUACCCAAAUUGGAUCCUCCUUGCAUCUCCUACUCAAAAUUUGAAUUCUUCAACUCCCAAAAACCCAUACCAUGAUCAUGGCAGCAGUUUUUCUGGGAAAGAUAUGGCACAACUUGGGGCAGAUUUUUUGUCUAAUAUUGAUGUGAUUGCCAAAAGAGAUUUGCUGACUCUAGAGAUCUCUUUAUGUGUGGAGCGUGGGAUAGAGGGGCAGUGGGCUGUAGUUUCUUCUUUUAUUAAAGAUGUGAGCUCCAAUCAAAAUAGCCAUGGAAUGAGGCCCAACACUUUCAAGGGCCGUAACAAGCACACCCAAAACUGGACUCCCAAACCUAAGCCUAAAGCCCAAACCGUCUCUCAGCAACUCAUUAGUUCUAAUUCAAAAGCCACCCACUCUCAUCAGACCACCAACUCAUUGCCGAUGAAGCUCAUCUCCCCCUCCAUGCAUCCUCCAUCUAUCAUCACCACCAACGGCACUUCUAACCCACUGAGGAGCACCACUAGUAACGAUACCGACUUGCCUUUGACACCCACCAUCAUCAAAGACGCCACUUCCCUUCUGUUGUCUAACAUCGUCAUCUCCCCUCCAGUGAUGAACAGUCUCACUCCUCCAUUGAUGACCACCAUCUUUAACGACACCUCUUCCCAACUGGUGAUCGGCAACGUUAUCUCCCUACCAGUGAAGAACAGCCCCACCUCCAUCUGCAGCAGCUCUUCUCUGCCACGGGCUGAUUCUUUAGAAUUUGGGUUUGUGUCAGGCAUUAAUCCUCCACUGUUGUCCAACGGCAUUUCUCAGUCGAGCACUCCUGUUGCUCCGGUGCUAGUUAUUGCUGAGGAUUGUCUUGUUGAGCCUCACCCCUCCAUUAAGAAUUUCGUUGAAGAUUUGGAGCACACCUGUGGUAAUUCAGAGAAAUGGGUCUUAGAGCUUCGUGGGGGAGGCAGAUUACUAUUCCUCUCUCGCUAUACCACUCACCUGGGAGCAUGUCGGAUUUUUCUGAUCUCGAGGGAGCUAUGGGACAGGGUAACAACACUUUUAAGGAAGAAGGGCAUCUUGUUAGUUGGGCGGAUGAUUGUGUUGGUGCUUUGAAUAAUGUUUCUAGGUCAGAUUGUGAGUUGGGGGACUCUGAUGAGGGUCUUGUAAACUGGGAAAAUUUUAAAGAACCACUGGUUGUGCAACCUUUGGUCAUGGCUAACCCAGUUGCUCCACUUGUAGAAGUGGCAGUUGCCUCCUCUCAAUUAUCUCCUUGGGUUGAGAAACGUAUUAAAGCCUUUAGGAAAUCUGUGGGUACUUCCUUGGAAGGCUUCAAAGCGAAAAUUACUGGGAUUUUUUUAGCUUUGAAGGCUAGGAAGAAAGCUAAAAUGCAGGUAGAAUGCUCUCAGAAGAGAGAGCUUAAGUCAAGUUCUAAAGGUCCAUUUAGUUCGAGGUUGGCGUUGGCGACAAAAUUAAAUUUUGGCAUCAUGUGUGGUGUGGAAGCUGUACUCUCCGGGAGGCUUUUCCAGAACUCUAUAAUAUUAGUUGUAAUAAGGAGUCUUCCAUUGCAGAUGUUAUGCACUUUCCUAACCAGAGGCUUUAUUGGGAUCUUCUUUUUUCUAGAGCUCCCCAAGAUUGGGAAUCUGAACAUUUCUACACUUUUUUAGAUCUAAUCAAUUCUUUGCUCAUUAAUGGUGAAAGUUAGGACAAAAUUUGUUGGAAACCAAAAGGGAAUAAGAAUUUUAAAGUGAGUGAGUUCUAUCUCUCCCUUUCCUCUACUCUUGACAUUUCUUUCCCUUGGAAGCCUGUGUGGUGUUCAGAGGUCCCUCCUAGAGCUGUUUUCUUCUCAUGGACUGCCUCAUUAGGUAAGAUUUUGACUACUGAAAAUUUAUGGUAUAAGGGUGUUGUAGUUGUCGAUUGGUGCUUUAUGUGUAAAAAGAGUGGGGAAUCGGUGAAUCACCUUCUCCUUCAUUGUACUAUUGCUUAUGAUUUAUGGUCUAUGGUGUGGGCUCUUUUUGGUCUUCAAUGGGUUAUGCUGCAUGGUGUCUCUGAUUUAUUUUCAAGUUGGCAAGGUUCCUUCGGUGGGCAUCGGAGCAUUGAUGUAUGGAGGGCUGUCCCUCAUUGUGUCCUAUGGUGUAUUUGGCGAGAGCGAAACUCAAGAUGUUUCGAAGGGAAGGAGUGGUCUACUUCAGAUCUUAAAUCUCUUCUUCUUCAUACCUUGCUAGAGUGGAGUUCUUCCUUUAAUCUUUUCCCUUGUUCUAAUUUUUUAGAAAUGCUUGAUCUUUGUAAUUUAUGUGUUUGAUGUAC